UUCGUGUGUGCAAGCAGCCGCUGAAACGGGGUGAAAAACCGCUCCCGUGCGCGUGAAUGUGAAAAUCUGCGCUUGUUGGGGGCCGCUUUUCACGUGAUGUAGGGGUGUGUGUGUCUGCUGUUGAGUCUUACAACGAAAUCUUUACAACUAGGUUUCUUCUCUUUUGUUUUCUGAUGUUUAAAGAGGUAAUUGCACAUUGGUGACUUAACUGCCUAGGAUCUACCAGGGGUCCGUUUUCAAAGUGUGCGACUGUUAAUCUUUAAUGAACUCCAUCAUUUAAGCAGGCGUCCUCUAGACAUGUUAUUUUGGGGUUUUUUUGGUCACCGUUUAUAAAUGACUGUUUAUUUUCUGUGGCAGUGGGGUCUAAUGCAUAGGAAUAUAUGCUUCUGACCUGAAACACACUUUUUUGUCUAGUCUCCUCAUCUGAAUUCUAAAUGUUAUUCUGGGGGAGGGGUUUAAAGACUCACACAAAUAAAUAGGAAUAGUUUUCGUAGGUUAAUUUCUUCAUAUGUUCACGUGUCGAUACAGAUUUAUCUUUCAUUUGAACGCAUAUUCUUCAGUAAAGGAACAAACUGCUUAAUCUUCUGGGUUUUUUCCCCAUAAAAUGGGUUUCUGUGGUAGUGUAUUUCUGUAAAUUAUUUGAAGUUGCACAUUUCCCCUGAUUGUGUUCAUCCCAUCUUUUUCUUUUGGCUUUGCGUACUGUCUUGUACGGUACAUUUUCUUCCAUUGGGAUUUAGUUCAUCUUUAUUAGAUACCUUUAUAUGCUUGUUUAUAUCUAACAGGGAUGUUUCUCCUUUUUUUCUCCGUAGGUGUUGGUGACUUCAGAGUCAUUUAGGGGUUUAGUUCUGAGGAAGUAGAGACACGAGGAUUGAGUCUUAUUUUACGUAGAAAGCUACAGCUCUUCACCAAUACUCUUUUUCCUCCUUCCCAUCCCUCCUCCUCCGUAGGGGAGGACAAUUUGGGAAUUAUUUUAACAGUCAUUUACUCCCCCUUUCCCCCCUCAGAAAUCUACCUUGGUCCCCGAGGCAUCUGCUAGACAUUGCCCAUUAUAGGACCAGGAGAACGUUAUCAUCAUCAUCCCUUGCUUGCUUUGGGAGCUUCAGUAGUACCCUUCCCUCCUUUGGAGUGCAGUGCAGAGAGGCAUCCAGAAGACUUCCUUGCCACCCUUUUUGGUUAGUAGAGGAUUCAGGAAAAGGGGUACCUAGCAAGACACGUGACCUCGUUAAGGGAGCCAGAACUGAAGCAGCGCUUGGCACGCUGAAGGAAGCACCCAUCUUUGGUGUCUUUUUCGUCUUCCACUCCUUCCUCGCCAAAUUUCUGAAGUUCCAUUGAAAGGAAACCUUGAAGGUUGCAAGACAAGUCCCAAGAUGUGCAGUUCAGUUGCUCCCAGGCUGUGGUUCUUAACAGACCGUCGCAUCAGAGAAGAUUACCCUCAGCAGGAGAUCCUGAGAGCACUGAAGGCCAAGUGCUGUGAAGAGGAGCUAGAUUUUCGGGCCUUGGUGAUGGAUGAAGUGGUGCUGACCAUUGAGGAUGGAAAUCUUGGUCUCCGGGUGAAUGGGGAGCUCAUUACUGCUUACCCGCAAGUGGUGGUUGUGCGUGUACCAACACCUUGGGUCCAGAGUGACAGUGAUAUCACAGUCCUUCGCCACCUAGAGAAGAUGGGCUGUCGAUUGAUGAAUCGUCCCCAAGCCAUCCUCAACUGUGUCAACAAGUUCUGGACAUUUCAAGAACUUGCUGGUCAUGGUGUGCCUCUUCCAGACACUUUUUCAUAUGGUGGUCAUGAGAAUUUUGCCAAAAUGAUUGAUGAGGCGGAAGUGCUGGAGUUCCCUAUGGUGGUGAAGAACACGCGGGGUCACCGAGGUAAAGCUGUGUUCCUGGCACGAGACAAGCACCAUUUGGCAGACCUAAGCCAUUUGAUCCGUCACGAUGCCCCUUACUUAUUUCAAAAAUACGUUAAAGAGUCCCAUGGCAAGGAUGUACGUGUCAUCGUAGUAGGAGGCCGUGUGGUGGGCACCAUGCUCCGCUGCUCAACAGAUGGGAGGAUGCAGAGUAACUGCUCACUUGGUGGCGUAGGGAUGAUGUGCUCACUGAGUGAACAAGGCAAGCAGUUGGCAGUCCAAGUGUCAAACAUCCUGGGGAUGGACGUGUGUGGCAUUGACCUGCUGAUGAAGGACGACGGUUCAUUCUACGUCUGCGAGGCCAAUGCAAAUGUAGGUUUCAUUGCCUUUGACAAGGCUUGUAAUCUAGAUGUAGCUGGUAUCAUAGCGGACUAUGCCGCUUCUCUCCUUACCCCCGGUCGCUUGACGCGGCGCAUGUCCUUGCUCUCUGUGGUGUCCACGGCAAGCGAGACUAGCGAGCCAGAGCUGGGCCCUCCAGCUAGUGCCGCUGUCGACAAUAUGAGUGCUAGCUCCAGCUCUGUCGACAGCGACCCUGAGACCACGGAGAGAGAGUUGCUCACCAAGCUCCCGGGGGCUUUAUUCAACAUGAACCAGCUAUUAGCCAAUGAGAUCAAACUUCUUGUGGAGUGAUGCCACAUGUAAAUAGAUGACCGACAGAACUCUCUCUUGUAAAUUUUUUUUUAAACCAACUUGCAAUGCUGUUUAUCAGAGAAGCUAAGAGGA